AAAACACAUCAGUGUAUCCUGCAAUACGAUACUGAACAAAAUGGCUCGUUUAUUAACAUUUGUCUUACUUCUAGCUAUAGUUUCUUGUGUCUUUGCCCAUUCAGGCAAGCACUACAGUGGAGAGGCUCACGCAUCUCAUGGCAGUAUCGGUGUCGGCAGUGUCAGUGGAGGUGAAUUCGGUGCCGGCGCCUUCAGCAUCGGCCACGGCGGCAGCAGCUCUAGCUAUGGCACCGGCGGUCAGGGAGGCGGCUACAGCAACAACAACUACGGCGGCUGAAUUAACCUAACAAACCACAGAGAAGUUAACAUCUAUCCUUAAUCGUAUCGACCAUCGUUUAUAGUGCAAUAAAAAUAUUUUAUUUCUAUUUUUAAA